AUGCCGGCUGCUGCCUCGUCAGCAUCCUCAGCGGCAGCAUCCUCUGCUAGGCCGUCCCCUCGCGCCCCAUCGACAAGAAUGAAGGGAGGUGGAGGCCACGGAGGAGGAGGAGGAGGUACCCCUAGUAAUCUUCCGGGCCCCGGUGGAUAUCAAUCCGCUCCUUUGAGCUCUCGGAAGGCACAGCCUUUGGAUAUGUCGACUGUGGAGAGGAGGAGUUCGUCAUCAAAGGAGAACCCCAAGAGGAUAAGACCUCAUGGACUUCAGGAGGCCCCGACCUACAGACCCACACCGGAGCAGUUCAAGGACCCUUUCGAGUACAUAAAGAGUAUUGCAGAGGAAGGGAAGAAGUACGGGAUUAUCAAGAUCAUUCCACCAGAUUCAUGGAAUCCGGAAUUUGCAGUUGAUACCGAGGUUUGUUGGGCCUCUCGUUCACUCGUUGGUGUUUUGGACGUUUUUACAAUAAACCACCCCCCUUCGCUACCGCGCUUGGUGUCGAGCAUCCUUCACCCACCUUUUCUUUCCUCUUGCUCGCCGUCUCAUAUAAUAAUUUAUUCUUUCAAUUCGUUGGAUGAUAGGGGAUGGAUUUGCUAAAAUUUUAUGUGUAGCGUUUCCACUUCCGAACAAGACGGCAAGAGCUCAACUCGGUUGAAGGAGGUAAUUCUAGCUCUCUUCACCCAAGUAAUUGUUUCGGUUAUAUCGGCAGUCACCAUUACUUUUUCUUUUCUUCCUCCCCCCUUUACUCGUCGUGAUGGCUGAUAUGAUAAUCUUUCAAUUUCUCUCGUGAUAUCUAGGCACUAGGGCGAAUUUGAAUUAUUUGGAUCAGUUGUCCAAAUAUCACAAGCAGCAUGGCACGAAUUUGAACCGAUUCCCGUCGGUCGAUAAACGUCCAUUAGACCUCUAUCGGUUGAAGAAAGCCGUUGAAAUUAGGGGCGGAUUCAGCAAUGUUUGCAAGCACAAGAAAUGGGCCGAGAUUGGUAGAGAUCUGGGAUAUUCAGGAAAAAUUAUGUCUAGUUUAUCUACCUCUCUCAAGAACUCGUACCAGCGCUAUCUACAUCCCUACGAAGAAUGGGUCAAGUCUGCGAAGCCUGGUGUGCAGCAGCAGAUUGAAGCGGAGCAGGGAGGUCCCAUAACACCUUCUGGAUCCCCUUUGAAAAAGCUGCCUGCAGAUAAACCGGCAAUGUCUCCGCUGAGUAGUCUACCUGAUUCGCCAGCAAUAAGAGCUUCCACCGCGCUCAACGCCUCAGUAGUGGGGACCCCAGAUAAGUCUGAUACAGAUAUGGCUGAUGCAACUCCAAUUCGCGGAUCUACACCCGCGGUAAAUGGUGGUUUUACAGCUGUAAACCCGGGGAGUGGAUUCACUCCAGUCAAUACCGGAGCCGGUGGAUUUACCUCGGUAAAUGUGUCCAAUGGUAUGAAGAGAGAGCUUGAUGCCAAUUCACGGAGAAGUGAGAAUGGAGCUACAUCCAGUAAGAGGAGUACUCCUGAGCUGAGGGCCGCCACAAUCCUUAAGCGGGGUCAUAGCCAGGAGGGUGGCUCUGGUGUUGAUAUUAAGGAGCAGUCCAAAGAGGCCGCUGUCGAUGAGUCAGAAAAUGGCGAACGAAGAAGCAAGCGACUUAAAAAGGGUAUGUUGUGUAAAUUUUCAUUUGUCCUGUUCUCUCUUUUUUUCUUGGUUGAUUUUUCGACAACGGGUGUGGUUGCACUUAACCGAGAUCGUUGGCUGAUCGACUUCCAGAGCCUGCACCUAUGGUUGCUGGGUCGCACAUGACUUUGCACAGGCCUUCUUCUACACCAAGAACUUUGGGUGGGGACCGAAACAAUAGUAAACCGGGAGAGGUAUUUUCAUUUGUUUGAUGUUUUUCGCUCCUGUGUUCUGACCAUUCAUCCCGCAGAAAUGCGAAAAAUGUGGUCGUGGUGAUGAUAUGGCCAAUCUAUUGCUCUGUGAGAGCUGCGACCACGGCUACCACACAUUUUGUCUUGAACCAGCACUCAAGAGCGUCCCCGACCGGGAUUGGUAUUGCGAUAGAUGCCUUGUCGGAACUGGCGACUAUGGGUUUGCCGAUGGCGAAAUUUACUCUCUGAGGCAAUUUCAAGAGAAGGCCAACAAUUUCAAAGAUUUGUAUUUUCAAUCGAAAAUGCCUUUUGACCCGGUCUUGAAUAAGCCGCGACAGGUCACCGAGGAUGAUGUUGAGAGGGAGUUUUGGAAGUUGGUGGAGAGUGUUCACGAGACUGUAGAGGUGGAGUAUGGUGCAGAUAUCCAUUCGACCACUCACGGAAGCGGCUUCCCGACCAUAGAGAAACAGCCGACGUACCCUUACGCGACGGAUCCUUGGAAUCUCAAUAAUCUGCCUCUGCAUCCUGAAUCCUUGUUUCGGCACAUUAAAUCUGAUGUUUCCGGGAUGACUGUGCCUUGGCUCUACGUCGGGAUGUGUUUUUCGACGUUCUGCUGGCAUAACGAGGACCAUUACACCUAUUCCGCCAAUUAUCAGCAUUUUGGGGCUACUAAAACGUGGUAUGGUAUUCCUGGGAGCGAUGCAAUGAAGUUUGAGGAUGCUAUGAGGGAAGCCGUGCCGGAAUUAUUUGAGCAGCAGCCCGAUUUGUUGUUCCAGUUGGUAACCUUACUAACCCCGCAGCACCUUAUGAAGGCCGGGGUCAAAGUUUAUGCAUUGGAUCAGAGGGCGGGACAAUUCGUGGUUACAUUCCCGCAGGCCUAUCAUGCAGGGUUUAAUCAUGGCGUGAGUUCCUUGCUAAGUGGCUGAUUUUGCAUAUUUUGAUUUGGACUGACUUGAUUGGGUAUAGUUCAAUUUUAAUGAAGCCGUUAAUUUUGCUCCCUCGGAUUGGGAGCCGUUUGGACAGGCUGGAGUUGAAAGAUAUCUAGAAUUCAGGAAGGCCCCUGUUUUCUCGCAUGAUGAAUUGCUUCUCACGGCCGCGGCUAGAGAUACUACCAUCAAGACUUCACAAUGGUAUGUUGAUUGAUUUGUUGUUCCGCGUUUGGGCUAGCUGAUAUUUUCACAGGCUUGCUCCCGCUCUUGCCCGUGUGCGAGACAGGGAACUCCAGGCACGUCGUGGAUUGCUCGAGCACUUGCCCGAUGUCAAGCAGGCGAUACUGCCUGAGGAUGAAGAGUUGAGCGAGGACCAAUAUCAGUGCGGGGUUUGCAAGGUUUACUGUUAUCUCUCACAGAUCACUUGCCCUUGCACUCCUAACGUUACGUGUCCAUCACAUUUCCGCGACAUCUGCGACUGCGAGGUUACAAGGCUUACUCUACGACUUCGGAUGACGGAUGAGAAUCUCGAGGAAUUGGUUCAGAGGGUGCAUGACAAAGCAAAUAUGCCGAGGGCGUGGGCGGUCAAGCUCGAAAAAUCUAUUGCGGAAAGUUCGCGACCGGCGCUUAAAGUGCUAAAGUCCCUUUUAUCCGAGGGCGAGCGAAUUCCAUGCUACAUCCCUGAGUUGGCGCCGCUCAAGGCAUUUGUGGAACGUGCUCAGGAGUGGGUCGAUGAAGCGACCCCUUUCAUAUCUCGCAAGCAGCAAAACCGGAGAAAAAAUGAGAAGGCAUGGAGGAGGAUGGGCUCAAAGGUUGCUGAGAUGGAGGAGAAGGAGCGCGAGCACAGGAAACUUGAUAGUAUCCUCAAGCUUCUGGAGAGAGCUGAGGAGAUCGGAUUCGAAUGCACUGAGAUUGAGCAGCUACGCGAACGUGCCGACCUUAUCCGGGAUUUUCAGCUACGUGCGAGGAAAGCCCUAGCGACCCCUGGGACUCUAUCCACGCCGAUGUAUGAGGAGUUGGUGGAAACCGGAAAGAACUUCAAUGUGGAUCUUGCGGAGACCGAUUUACUGGAGAAGAUUGUGCGACAGUUAAAGUGGGCCGACUCUGCUAGAGAUGCUAGGGCAAGGUUUUUGUCCCUCACCGAGGUGGCGGAACUGAUCAAGUCAGGCCAGGAAUUAGGGAUCCCCGACAGCAACGAGCAAAUGAUGCACUUCCGAAGCCAAAAAGAGGCUGGCGAUAUGUGGGAAAAAAAGGCGAAGGAAUUGAUGAGUGUUGAGGUUGUACAUUUUCAGCAGUUGGAGGCGCUUUCUGGCCAGGCGUCCACGUUACCUGUCUCUCGCGAGACGCUCGCACAAGUCGACCAAAUUCUAAACAAGCAACGGGAGGCUCAUCGCCAGAUUGUGGCGUUGUAUGAAAAGAGCAAGGAGGCGGAUUUUCACAAGAGGCCGAAGUAUAAAGAGGUUCGGGAUGUGCUAGAUGGGCUAACAGAGUUACACAGCAAACCGACGGGUACAAUUGACUUAGAAAAGGAGCAGAAGCGCCAUGAGGAUUGGAUGAGGCGGGGGAAGAAACUGUUUGGGAAGGCUAAUGCGCCCCUCCAUAUUCUUGCACAACAUAUGGCGUAUGUGGAGGGUCGUAAUAGGCACUGUUUUUGCUUGGAUGAUAGACCACGAACUCCAGUCGAGCCAUCCAGUAGGGAGCCGAGUCCGGAUUCUAAGAGUAAUGGACCGUUUGGCGAGGGGUCGAGGGGUGGUAGGCCGAGGGAAGUCUUCUGCAUAUGUAGACAGCCAGAGGCUGGCAUGAUGAUUGAGUGUGAGGUUUGCCAUGAAUGGUGAGGUUUGCAUUCUCUUCGGAGUGUUUUUGCUUUACUGACUUUGAUUAGGUACCACGGCAAGUGUCUUAAGAUCGCCAGGGGUAAGGUUAAGGAAGAUGAGAAGUAUACUUGUCCGAUCUGCGAUUACCGGGUCAAGAUACCACGUGAUGCGGCCCGACCGAAGCUUGAAGAGCUUAUCGAUUGGCAAGCAGAGAUUGAAAACCUUCCCUUCAUCCCGGAUGAGUUGGAUUGUCUUCACCGAAUUAUCGAUGCGGCCACUAGGUUUCGGGAUUGGGUUCGUCCGUUUACGGCCCCAAUUGGCCUUACGGGUGCGGAGGUGCCAACUAUGCGAUUCUAUCUCCGAAAGAUUGAAGGUGCCGAAAUCCUUCUCUCGCAAGAAACAAACUUCUUCCGGACAGAGCUGCACAAGUGGAUGCCCAUCGCCCCCGAGCCACCCCCAGUUGUCGAAGUCUCCAUGUCGACCCGCAAGCCCCGCCCAACAAAGCAGCAAAAGCUAAUGGCAUCUAUGGGCAUCACUAACCCGGACGACCUCCCGCCUCAACUCCGAACAAAGGCGCACUCCUUUUCCAAGAAGAAGCCCUCGGAAGCCAAUGGCAAGCCUCCACCACCAAUCAAGCCCGCCCCAUCGAAAGGCUCAAUGGCCUCCUCCUCCCCAGUAACCCCGACUAGCCAAACCCAUUCCCUCCUCGGCCACUCUUCCUCCCAACCCCCUCCGUCCCAGCCUCAAUUCGACUACCCCCGCUUUGGCAGCACUGGCCCAUCGGCGCAGUCUUCGCCAACUUUCACUCUUGCCCAUGCCUCCUCGAGCUCAAGUUCUGGAAACGGCGCCUCGUCGUCCUCCUCACAGCACCAACGCCUGGGAUCCCCAGUUCUCAUGAACAACCCUGGUCGCGGCCCAACCCUUGAUCCAGCACUCUUCAACCCUUCGGCAUUCUCUGGUGAUCACAAUGGACUCGGCUCUGGGGGUGUUGGAGGUGGACCCGGAAGUCCGCAGUAUAGCAGCACCAAUCCAAUGUUCUCUCUGGCUGAGGACUCGUCGGAUCUUUACUCGAAGGACGAGACUAGUGGCGGGGUCAGUUACGAAACACUGGCGGCAGAGGCGUUGAACACGGCUGGAGAGGCGCUGGAUGAGAAGUUGGCGGACCAAUUCUUGGCGUCUUAGUUAGCGUAGAUUGGUCCUCCUGUGGUGGGCAUUUAUAAUUUUGAAGGGUGGAUUUUUUCUAGUUUCUGUUUGCCUGCCUGCUGGUUUUCGUUAUUGCAGGUUGGACUAUGGGUUUUUUUUUCUUUACCUUUUUUUCACAUUCUUGUACUUUAGGGGUUUAUUUGUGUUUUUCCCUCAUCCUCCCUUAUUUCUAUUUUUUAUUUUCUCUUUUUAAUUCCUUUGAUGACUUUUCUUUUUUCUUUUUUCUUUCCAACCUCAAAUGGUUAAUGGUAUUUAGCUUUUUCUUCAUUUUUUUUUUCUUUUUUCUCUUCUGCUAUUUUUAUCGGUACCGGUGGGUCGCUUGCUUGAUUGGGAUUUUUUCAUUUUAUAGUCUACGUUCUGUUCAUGCUGUUAGUAUAGGUGGUGGUGGUGAUGGUAUGGGUGAUGGUAUAGGUGAUGGUAUAUGUGGUAGCAUAGGUGGUAGCAUAGGUGGUGGUAUGGCACCGUAGUAUAGCCCAAAUAAAGUACAGCCUGUUCGCAUAGCAUCCAUGGUUACUUGCUUGUUAUGUACAAUCGUACUGGGCGCCGCUCGUGGUAGUUUCUGGUUCAGAUUUUUCUGGAGAUUCAAUCCAAUUAUAACUAGUCAUCGCGUAUACUGGCAUCUCGCGUUGGCUUGUUAAAAUUCAAGACUUU